UCCCUGGAUUUGGACUUUUUUUUUUUCCUUAAAGUUCAAUCUUCUCGUGUUCUCUGUGUUGAUUUUAAGAUAUAAGAAAAUGUCUGAUAAGGAAGAAAACUUCUCUCUUAGUCCUACGCAGUGGACAUAUAUUGGAGUGCUUGCAUUGUUCUGUCUUGUGAUUUUUUCUGCUCUGUUCUAUCGCUGUUUGUAUAUUGGAAUAAUGAAAUCCUCCAGUACGGCGGUGCAGCAGACAAACCCGGUACAGCAAGUGACUGCGAUGACUGGGCAGGAGACAACCGAGGAACCUGCAGAAACCGCUUCAGCAGGUGUUGAUGCUUCUCCUACUUCACCUGCUCCUACUGACAGUCCCGCACCUGCUUUGGCUCCCACGUAUGUGUUUUGCUCGCCCCUUGUUUUGUGUCCGUCGCCUGCUAUUGCUCUGACACCUGCCAACGGCACUUCACCUGCUAAUGGUCUGUCACCUGCUAGUGGUCUCUCACCUGCUAAUGGUCUAUCACCUGCUUAUUGUCCGUCACCUGCAUGUGGUCUGUUACCUGCUAGCGAUACGUCGCCUGCUAAUGGUCUGUCACCUGCUUCUGGCCUUUCACCUGCUAGUGGUCUGUCACCUGCUGGCAGCCCGAUACCUACUCAUGCCACUCCUGACCCAAAGUCUGCUCAUUUUUCUAAGCCUGCUGGCGCCCUUAUUCACACCCCUCAGCCUGCUAGUAAUUCCAAAUCUGCUCAUGCAACUCAUCCUGCUGGUAGUUCUAAACCUGGUCACCCUUCUAAAGCCGCUAAUGAUCCCAAAGCAUCUAAUAAGAGAAAACCUGCUCGCCCUCCUAUGCCUGCUAUUAAUGCUAAACCUGCAAUUGAGCCUAGAUCUGCUGGCCAUCCUAAGCCUGCUGUUGAUGCUAAACCUGCUCGCCCUCCUAUGCCUGCUAUUAAUCCUAAGCCUGCUAAUGAGCCUAGAUCUACUGGCCACCGUACACCUGUUAAUCCUGCUUACGGUCCAUCACCUGUUCAUGCUCCCUCGCCUGGACAUGUCCUUUCACCUGGAUAUAUGCUCUCGCCUGGACAUGUCCUUUCACCUGGAUAUAUGCUCUCGCCUGGAUAUGUCCUUUCACCUGCGUAUGCCCCGCCGUAUCCCAAUUACACCGUUUCACCUGGCUAUGAGGUGGCUUCUCCUUAUCCUCAAUCACCACUGGCAUCGUAUGGCAGCCCUUAUCUAUGCCGUCACUAAGGUGGCUAACUUUCCACGCCUGUCCAUCUUCUGCAGAAUUUCACGCUGUUGCCAAAAAAUGCUCCAAUUUUGUAUGAAAUGUGUUUUGGGAGGGAAGGGCAACAUUUUAAUAGAUUUUUAAGAGAAAAAUAUUCAGUAGCUUUAUAACCAUAA